AGAGAGAAAACGGGAAAAAAAAAAAAAAAAAAACCAACUCAGUCGCUCUCAGAGAGUGCCAGAGGGCAAUAGCCAGAGGGAGAGGGAGCUUUACCCAGUUGCUUGCCGAUGAGAAAUCGACCCCUACAAAGAACAGCAAGAUUAGCAGAAGAGAGCGUUUGGAUUUUGAAUUUCCCUUUCUCUUUACAAUUGGUUUCUUCUGUUGGGGAUUUAGCUAUCAAUGGAAUAGGAACUUCUUGCUUAUAACCGAAUAUAUUGGAGUUAUUUUGCCGUUCAGAAACUUAAUGAUGACAUGAUGUGUAAAAGGUGUACUCAAUUGUGCUAAUUUCUUUAAUGGAAUCCCUUGGUUCUGAAGCAAGUACUCAUAACAGGAUUGGUGACAGAUCAACCAGUGAUGUUGUAGUGAGGCUACGGACAAAGGACGGCCGAGAUGAUUGGUUAUAUUGUCACUCCAAUACCCUUAUUGAAAACUGCAAGUAUUUUUCUGACCGCCUCUCUGAGAAUUGGCCAACGUGUCAGAUUAUUGAUUCGCGCAAUUGUGUUGAGGUUUACUGUGAAGAAUCUGACUUUGAUUACCAUGUUACUGUUGUUCGCCUUUUCUAUGUUAUCAUUGAUGGCCCUGUUGAUGACAUGUGGCACGGUGUUAAAAAUGCUCUAGGCAUUCUUCAGGUGGCAGUCAAACUUGGAUGUCCACAAAUAAUCACAGCUUGUGUGAACUACUUGGAAGCAGUUCCCUGGGAAGAGGGUGAGGAGGAGGAAAUUCUUAAAAUCAUACCAUGCAUGGGAUCAGAAGUGGAACCAGUUCUUGCCCGUCUCCAACCAGUCAAUCCAUCAUCCAUUGUGGGAAUUUUUCUCUCUGCCAUCCAAUUUGCCACAUCAUCUCCUCCUCCAUCCUUGAAUGAUCUCAAGGCUUCUGCUCAAGAUCAACUUGACUACAUGCUAACUGAAGAUGAUGAUGCCCCUUUGUUAACUGCUGAUAAUGAGAUAAAAUCUGAGGUGAACAUAUGUAUAAAAAGACUCUUUGCAAGGCUUAACGGUCUGUUGGAAGCUAUGCUAUGUGAGGUCGUAGAAUCAGUUUCUGAAGAUGGCAAAAUGCAAUCAUUUCAAUCCCUUUUGUCGGAUUUGUUAUGGGCCUAUCAGAUAUUGAAUAAGUUGGAAAUUUUGAGGGAUUUUGUCAAUAAUUGGGUAGAUGCAUCAGAUAAGAUAGUCAAGGUUGUAGAGAAAGCAAGUCCAACAACUGAAGUGAUUGAGACAAACUUGAAGGUUAUUGAGGUGGCAUCAAAGGUUCUAGAGGCAAUAGGGUAUGGAACUGUCAUUUUGCCAACAACAAAGCGGCUUCACAUGGUGAAGAUAUGGCUUCCUUUUGUGAGGAUUGCAAAACCUCUUAUUGAUUCUAUUACGACUAAUGAUGAUGAUGAUACAGUGACACUCAAAGUGGAUGGUGAAUUGUGGCAAUCCCUGGAGUCCACAUUUGUUACGAUGGUGCCUGCAUUGCCAUCAGAGAAUCAGGCAGAGAUUUUGACUGAAUGGUUGGCAAAUGAGCAUAUUCAAUAUCCAGACCUGACUGAGGCAUUUGAAAUCUGGUGUUACAGAUCCAAGGUUGCUAAACGAAGACUAUCUUCAAUGGGGGUAAACCAUGACAAAACUCAUGCGUUUUGACUUCUUUACUUAACCUUUUCUCACUUUUCUUCUGGCUCUAAUUUUGACAAUCCUUCUUCCUCAAGGCAGUAGUAAGAACAUGAAACUAUUCUUUCACUGUGAAAAUCAAUGAAAGAAGAGGAAUUAGACUUUAAAACCUAGACGCACGAAUCAGAUAAGUGGCCCUGUUUUUUGUCCAUUGUAAAUUUUGAUUCGAGGCUGUGUUAAAUAGUCCAGUUGAAAGUCUUUGACUCAUUUUGAAUUGUAAAGCUGUAAAAUUCGUAUCAAAUUGUAAAAAGAAAUUGCUCAGAAGUAAUUGAAAUCCAGCUCAUUACUUA